AAUUAUUUCGAGCAAACAGACGGCGUGAUUUGGGUAGUCGAUUCGGCCGAUAUCGACAGAAUGGAUGACUGCAAGCGUGAGCUGGCUUCGCUACUCGUGGAGGAAAGGCUUGCCGGCGCAUCUCUUCUGGUACUUGCGAAUAAACAGGAUUUGCCUUCCAGUGCCUCAGCAGAAGAAAUUGAACAGAAACUGAAAAUCUAUCUGCUCAAUCUGAGCGCAUUAUUUCAAAGUCUUACUUCACCUGUACAAACACCAACGUCUGCUCUGGACGAAUUACUUCAUCCAAUACUACUGAACCGAGCACAAGCUCAGCCAAGCCAGAAAUAUCUGGCAUUUCAUCUUCAUCUGUAG